ACCUCAAUCUCAAAAAGCUCCAAAGCCAUAGUUCACGUCACGUGACACAGUUCCAACAUGGCGUAUUUCCUCCCCGUAUCUCAGGUUGUGUAAAUGAUAAAGAAAACCUUUUAGCCGUGUGUGAGUGUGGGAUUUUUUUCUAAAAAAAAACACUAUGCAUGUACGCGUGUCGUUGUUGCAUCGUGCGUGAGAGAGUGUAAAGUAGAAGUAAAUUAAAUAAAACAAAACGAAAAAAUACCCUAUCACUUUUUUGUGUUUGUUGAAGGUCUGACGAAGUUAGGCGUUUCUAUUGGAUUAUUACAGUUAUUUCACAAACACCGACAUUUAAAAUGGGAUCUUCGAUUGCCAGCAUAUAAUCUCUUCUUCAACAUGUCCUGCAAUUCUUCCAGUCUUGGAGAAAUAUCAGGAGAAAAACCAUCAACUGCAACAUUACAGGCUAUCUCAGUACCACAUUCUACAGCUGAUGGAUCUAUUGGCACUGAGGGUAUAUCUUGGAGUCUUGAUGCCAUCUUACCAGCAGUACAUGGCACUGAGGAGAAAAAUCCAUUUUUAGAACACUUGCAUCAGUUUGACCAAGUCCUGUCAUGUGAUGACGUGAAAGAAGCUUUACAACAAACACGAGUGCCAUCUUUAGGCCUGGAUGGUAGUGGCGCUAUGUCUGCUGUUGUCUAUGCUAUAGAUGACGGCCGUAGCAAUGUGGACACCAACUUGAUUUUGUUCUCCCAGCACCAAAGUAACAUUGGCAUUGCUGAUGGUGAUCUUGGUUAUGGAGAGGAGGCAGGGAACAAACCAAACAAUGACAGCCCUGCAGCAGCUGUGGGGAGUGUUAACAGCAACAGCAACAAUAACAAUGAUGACAGCCACAGUGCUACCAACAAGGUGGAACUAUUUGCAGAUGAUCAGAGCAUGAACCUUCAACACCUUGAUGCACUAUCUGGCCAUACUUCACCAGAAAUUAACCAAAUCUAUGAUCCUUGCAUCAGUAGUAGCAGGGAUGAUUUCAGGGGUCUGGCUUCUGUUGCUGUUACUGAUCAUGCAUAUGCUAUCCCAGCUAACCGAGAACCAAGGGAUCCAUCAUAUCCUUUAAUGAGCAGUAAAAGUGUUCAAACUCCAUUUGAACAGUCUGACUAUGAGCAGUUAUGUAUCUCCAAUCAGGAGGAGGAAGAUGCUUCCACGAACCUCUCUGAUGUUGCUGCUGUUCAGUCCAGUCCUGUGAAAGAGAAUGAUAUUGAUGAUGAUACAAAUAACAAACCAAAGAGACGUCAACCUCAGCAGCAACAGAAAAAGAGCAGUCCUGUUGUUACUCCAACAAACAUUCGGCGUUCAACUAGAAUAAGUGAAGCCGAACAGAGAGAGAUGGCUGAGAAAAUCCGUCAGGAGAAUCGUCAAAAAGAAAAAGAAGCCCAGGAAGCCAUGAAGAAGCAAUCAGAAGAAGUUUCACGGGUAGAACAGCAACAGUCAGAAGUUGCUGAAGUUUUGGGAGAUGCAGAAGCUAGCAGUGUUGUUGUUACAAAGCCAGAUGCUGUAAUGGACUUAGUGCAGCCUCUCAUUACCUCUACUCCAGUUAAGAGUGACCAGCUAAAUACUUCUCUAGAUACAAUAACAACAUCAACGUCAAAUACAACAUCAACACCAACUGCUGCUACUGCUAUAACUACUGGCAUCACCUCUAUUAUUACUACUACUGCAACUACUACUACCGCAACUAUAACUGACACUACUGCUGCUACUAGAGGGCGAAGCAGAACUCCAAGAAAUAAGGCCAAAAUCUUAAAUAAGGACACACCAGUUGGUGUUGGUCGAGUGGCUGUUGCUAAGGGGGGUUCAGCUAAAGGAAAAACGACAGCAGUUGCUGGAAGAGGCCGUGCACGUGGCAAGGCAGUUGGGAGUAGUACUUCACGAAAGAAAAAAGGAGAUUCUACCACAGUUGACAAUGAGAGUAAUGGAGAAGUAAUAGAUGAUUCUGUUACAGACUUGGCUUCAGAUUCUGAAAAAGACAUGUCUGUUGUAUCUAAAGCAGAAAGCACUUCAAACUCUGAACAAGCUAACAAAUCUGUGUGUGAAACAGCAAGUCGGCCUGUGCGCAAACGCAUGAAAAAAGUUAUCAGAGACAUUCCACUCCAGAAAGAAGUCUCAAAAAAGUCUGGGAAAGCUAGUGUGAAAGGCAAGAACAAUACUGGUAAAAAUAGUGUGAAGGGCAAGAAAAAUAUUGGUAAGAAAACGGUUUCCACACCAACAAAUCGAAGUGUUAAUAUUGCAGAAAGUAGUGAGUCGAGUGAUGAUACAAGUCUUAAUCUCUCUAGUAUUGUCUCAGCUUCAGCUGAUUUGUUAUCCGUUUCUGGUCAAAUCAGUGAGAAUAGUAUGUUGCUAUCACAGACAAAUUCAUCAGCAGAUGGUUCUCUUCAGUCUCCUGCAAGUAGUGCUUUGUGCAAUUUACUACAGCCUCCUGACAAAGAUGGGGCACAGACUGUUUCUGAUUUAUCGGAUAGUUUUCCUCUGGCAAAACUUCAAAAAGGCAUGUCUCCCAUUUCUAAAACAGGAAGCAGUGUUGACAAGUUAGAGCCAACCGCAAGUGAAAAGUCCACUGUGCCUAAGACUCCACGAGGUAGUCGACGUCCUGCUAUAAGUCAGACAAAAUCCAAGAAAAAGAAAGAAGUACAAAAGGCUGAUGACAGCGAAAUUAUUUUGAAAGGUCUGUCUGUUUCUCAGCAAGAGGAAACAGCAAAGGAAGAUGACGAAAAAGAUGGUGAGACAGCAAAGGAGAAUAUUGACGACAGCAAAGAUGCUAAUGUUAGUGGUAAAGAGCCAACUGAGGAGAGUGAUAAAGGCAUUCCAUUGAUGAAAAGCGGGCGGCCUAAGAGACAAGCAAGGAUACGUAAAGAAGAGCGAGAGAAAGCAGCAAAGGCUAGUGAACUGGAGGAGCGAGAGAAGAAAAAGCUGAAACGGAAGAGAAAACUACCUGUUAAAGAUGUAAACAGUAGUGUAGAAGUAGACAAAACAACUGAAAAUGAAGAAGAAGACGAAGAAGAAGAAGAAGAGGAAGAAGAUGAAGAAGAAGUGCCUCUAUUUCGGUUGAAAAAGAUGCAGAACUCUGCUGAUGUCAAGGCUGCCAGUUCAGAAGUGCCUGUAACGCCUGCCAAAAAGCUAACAAAAAAAGAAAAGAAGGCAGCUGCUUUACAAGCAAAAGCUGAACAAGAAGAACUGGCUCGCCUUGAAGAGGAAAAAGCGAGACUUGCUGCUGAAGAGAAAGCUCGAGCUGAACAAAAGGCUCGGGCAGAAAAAGAGGCCAAAAAGAGACGGAAACAGCGCAAGUCUGAAGAAUCUCUUGACAAAACAAUGAUAGAUUUAUUUAAGCCUGAUGGAGUGAUUGUCCAUGAGUCUUCAAAGAAAGAAAAUGAAACUGACAUUCAAGCUGAUGCUGUCUCUCAGACUUUACCUGAGAAAUCUUCUGUUUCCACUGCUACACCUUCUAGUCUUCAAAGCAGUAAUUCUGCUGCAAAAACUGUUAGCUUUUCUUCUAGUGAACUACAAUCUAAAGUUUCAACUACUGGGAAUAAAACUGCCAUUGCACCUAGCAAACCAGUCCAUUCAUCUCCCAGCCACCACAAACCAUCUGUUGUAAGCUAUUCUGUGAAUUCCAGUCAAACUGAUAGUGAGAAGAUGUCUUCUGAUAAUGGCAAGGACAUUCCAUCUUCAAUAGAUGAUAAAACAGCACCUUCUUCCAGUAUGGAUUCGGUUGCUUCAAUGACUGUAGAUGUAGCUGAUAAGUUUGUCUCUGUUAAUUUUGAUCAUACUGAAGAACCAGUCAGAGCUGAAACCUCUUUAGAUGAACCAGCACCCGAAAAGCAAAUAAGAUCUAAAGCUGAUUCAGUGCAGUCAGCUUCUACUGAAACUCAAUCAGCUACUUCAGUGAAAAUGGAAGCUGAGACUACCAUGUCAAAUGAUGCCUUUACUGAAGAUAUCGAUAAUAAAUCCUUAGCAGUGUCUAUUGGCUGCCAAGCAGAUGAAGAUAGUGAAUAUGAAUAUGUUAGCUGCACUGAGGAGAUGGAAGAUGACCGACAUCUGCAACCGCGACUUCAAGGAAAAACCUGCACCAUAUGUAACAUGGUGCAAGACAAUCAAUAUCUUGUAGACUGUGAUAUAUGCAGAAAGAGCUUCCAUGGCCACUGUGCUGAACUCACUUUGGAAGAUAUGCAAAGGAUUUUACAAGAUGGAGAGAAAUUUGUCUGUGAUAACUGUCCUUUGGAAGGAACCACUUUACCUGUAACAACAGAACCAGCAAAAGAAGAGUCUACAACAUCAGAAGCUGCAGUUCCUGUCCAAGUUGAUGCAUCAGUAUCUGAUAAAUCUACAGCCGUUGUCAAAUCAAAAGAAGACAACAGUGAAUCAACUAAGAAAACCAAAAAUAAAAAAUCUGUGUCAAGUGAACCCAAUGUUUCUAAAGCAGCUUCAAAGGAGUCUGUGAACAACAGUGAUGUAACCACAACACCUAAAAAAUUGCUAACGUCGAGUGCCAAGAAAGAAAAAUUAACUGCUGCUAGUAAUGAAGCUACACAUAAAAAGGAAGCAUUGACACAUAUCACCACUCCUGUGACCACUUCAAAACCCACUUCUGUGUCCUCUACAAAAUCUGCACCUGUGUCCACUGCAAAGUCUACUCCCACGUCCACAACAAAAUCCACUCCUGUUUCCACUACAAAGACCACAACUGUACCCACUGCAAAGACCACUCCCGUGCCCACUACAAAGACUCCUGCUGUGCCCGCUGCCAAGAUAACCCCGGUGUCCACUACAAAGCCCACUACAAAAACUACUCCUGUGUCCACUACGAAAACACCUGUGUCUUCUACAGUGACCACUCCUGUAGCCACCACAAAAACCACUUCCAUAUCUACUACAGACACCACCCCCAUAUCCACUACAAACACCACCUCUGUGUCCACUACAAAUACUACUUCUGUCUCCACUACAAACACUACUCCUGUUUCUAUAUCAAAGAAAGCUCCAAGUGAAAGCAAAAUACCUCGUAAAAGUUCCAGAGAUGGAGACACUGAGAAAGAGAAGCAGAAGACUCCUGUUAGUAAAGAUAAUAAGAGGAAACUGUCGACAGAACACUAUGAAUCUAAAGAUGCUAAAGACCGCCAGAAUUCAAAAGAACGUGCUGAGGUUAGUAGCAAGGAGCGGAGAUAUAAGGACAGGAAAGAUUACAGCAGGGAUAAGUACAAAUCUUCUUCGAAAGAGCGUGACAGGCGAGACAGCAAAGAUAAAGACAAAGAUUAUGCAAAUAAUUCUCCGAGCACUAAGUCGUUUGGAAAUCUGACCCCUCGCAAACCAGAAGUGUCUUCUGCUCAAGUAUCGUCCAGCACUGGUACUGAAAAUGAAAAGAAAACAUCUCCAACAUCAGACUCUGCAAAGAAGAAAAAACUUCUUCAUUUCAAAGACAUGGAUCUAAAGAAACGGACAUUUCAACAGUGUAUUGGUGCUGGUUGUAAAAAGGAUGCUCGGACAGGAUCUGUCUAUUGCAGUGAUGAAUGCAUUGUAAGACAUGCUCAGGAAUCAUUGGCAUUGUUGAAGAAUGAACGGCACUUUCAGCAAACUGGCCAGAAACCGAGUGAAAAAUCCAUAAACCCGCAGCCAACUCCACAGCUGCUGCCAUCUCUGAAGAAGGAAAGCAACAGCAAAGUGGUGGUGCUGGAGAGGAAGAGUGGUCGUAUUUUAACUGGGCCAACAGCUCCCACGGAAUCUGUGCUCAGAGAGUGGCUCACGGAACAUCCUACAUUUGAGGUGCUGCAACCAUCGCAGGGUCUCCACAAGACACCUCCCUUUUAUGGAAAAGAUAAGGAUAAACGACAACCCCAGCCUGAAAAGAAAAUUUCUACAGAACCUAAGAAGAAAGAACCUGAGCCUAAACAAGGAAACCAAGUUCCCAAAGGACCAGAUGAUGUACGACUUAAUGUCAAAAAGUCUCUGCACGAGGCUUUGUCAAAUAGGGCACGAGAAGCUAAUGAUAUCAAUCAUCACAAUAGCAGCAUACGCAAUUUGGUGAUAAACAUUGAGGAAGAGUUGCAUCGAUUGUAUAAUGAUAGUGGUCAGAAAUACAAGGCACGAUACCGCAGUCUCAUCUUCAACAUUAAAGAUAGCAACAAUAAGGGCUUGUUCCGGAAAAUUCUUAAUAAACAGAUAAAACCUUAUCGACUUGUUCGUAUGACAGCUGAUGAACUGGCUUCACCAGAGCUUUCUCAAUGGAGACAGAAAGAAGUAAAACAUACAUUGGAGAUGAUUGAACAGAGAGAGGUUGAAGCCAUCCAAGAUGCAGCUAAAUGUCACGUGGUGAAGAAAACUCACAAAGGUGAAGUAGAUGUUGCUGGUGAAGACUUAAGCACACUAGAGACCUCUAUUAUACAUUACCAGGCGAAGCCGGUUCCUGUAGAGAAAGUUAAAGUUGAUCAGAAAGUGGACAUUGUUGGAGACCUAGUCACUGACACAACUGAUUGUCAUCGUAAGCAUUUAUUUGACUUGAAUUGUAAGAUAUGCACAGGCAAAAUACCACCGCCUUCUGAUGAGCCCCUUGCUAAAAAGGCAAAGAAAGAAGCACUGGCUCCUUCCACAAGUUCUUCUCCAGGAAUACUGGAUAAAAAUCAACGAAAACCUGCCAUUCCAAAGAUUGAAAAGACAACCCCCAAGACAAUCACAAAAGUACAAGAAGAUACAUUUAAGGAUGACGAAGUGAAAACUAUCAUGGAAACAAUACGUUCUGUAACACAAUCAGAAACAACAAGUGAAUCGAAGGCAUCAAAUUCCCCACGUCCUAGUGCCAUGAAAAGUUCUUCAAAUUCCAGAAAUGUCACUGUAAGGUCUCCAGAUUCAGUGUUGCAGUCUGGAUUGGAGAAGAAAGUGAAGUUCUCUCCCUCUAGUCCCCUUGUAUGGAAAGGUUUCAUUCACAUGCAAGAUUUAGUGAAGUUUAUGACAACUGCUUAUCGACUGUCUGGUCCAACAGAGCACCUUGAACUUCAAGAUACUGUUCAUGUUUGUGGUCGUAUCGCCCCAGAAUUAAUAUGGGAUUAUUUAAACCGUAUCAAACAGACAGGCUCAAGAGAUAUUUGUGUGUUGCGCUUUCUCCCUGGAACAUUUGAUGAAAAGAAUGCAUAUGUCAUGCUUUAUUCGUAUCUGAAUAGCCGGGGCCGUUGUGGAGUGGUUGGCAACAACAGCCGCCACAUCAAAGACAUGUAUAUUGUACCUUUGGCGUCUCAUAGCAAAAUACCAGCUGUUCUUUUGCCAUUUGAUGAACCAGGUCUAGAAGAUAACAGACCACACAUGUUACUUGGUGUGAUAGUCCGGCAGAAAGUAUGCAAGCGUCCAGGGGAACAGUUGGCUGCAAACGCAGGCCAAGCAGUGAUGUUAUCAGAAGCUGAACUGCAAACUAAACGAUUGAAGUAUGAUCCUACUUUACCUUCAACAACUGUGAAUAUUCCAAAAAUAGAGUCCUCAGCUGCUAGCCAACCUGUUCGGUAUGAUCCAUUUCAACCAGCCACUCUACCAAAAUACACUCCAAGUCCUACUCUUCAGGACACACCAGCUGACUUGCAAUCUAGUGGUUCAACUAGCUUAACAAGUGGAAAGGAGACCAAAUAUUACAAUCCAGUACCAGUUAAAGAACAGUUCUACACACCAUCUCUUGUUCUAAGUAGCAGUAAAAAUGACAGACUGAAGCAACCGUCUCCCAGUCCUGUGGAUUCCUCAACAUCUGAUUCACCUGAAAACGUCAGUUCUUGUAUAAAUGAUCCAAUUGUCAAAGCGUAUGGCAAAUUAAACUCUGAUUCUGAACUCAACAGCAGCACUCCAACUGAAGAUCUAAGUACCGCACCUUAUUCUCCAACACAAUAUGAACCUACUCAAACUUCAUUUCUUGAUAGUCAUGAGGAUAAAAUCAGUGGAGGGGUGGGAUCGGCUGACCAGGACUCUGAUGAACUGGACAAUGAAAAACCAUAUGAUCCAGAAGAGUGUGAUUUUGAUGCGGAAGAUGACUCUCCACCUCCACCACCGCCACCACCACCACCACCCCUCUCUGCAGCAGUAGGAUCAAAUUCACUUAAAAAUCAGACCAGCUCUACAGUCUCAACAACAACAAUAACAACUACUGCUGCAAGCACUGUUGAGGAUUUAUUCAACAAAAUCAAGAAAUCUACUCUGCCUUCUAGUCUUGCUGCUGCAUCUACUAGUGGCCAGCAAAACAAGCCUGAAGUGAAGGAUCUCCUAGGUGAAUUCACACAGAGGAUAGCAGACAAAAAGCCAGAAAGCACUGCACCCAAACCAGCUGCUGGCAGUUUACCUACUGCCCUCCAGAAUCUCUUCAGCCAAGUAUCUCGCAGUACUCUCUCAGCAAACCAGCUCCAAAGCUCUGGGUCAACCCCUAAAGCAACUAAUGCAGCUGCCAAUGUAUUGCUGCCUAUAAAGCUUGCUGCUGGUGGUAAUUCAGUUUUGAGUAAUUUAGUCACGUCUAGUAUGUCUCAGCCAUCUGGUACUUAUAGUAACAGCAGUAAUAGCUCUAUGGGUCUGGCUUCUGAGCCAGUGAACACUAACAAUGGUGCAUUGAACUUGUUGUCUUUGACAACCACAUCUUCUAUACAGCCGACACCGAGUCCACUUGCAUCUGUAGCAAGCUCUUUACCAAAAGACCAAGCUUUAUCGUCACUGGUGCAAAGUUCACCAAUUUCAGUUGCUGGUUGGUCAAAGAUUGCAGAAACCUUGGCUUCAUUAGCUAAGGUUCAUAGUGUGAACCUGCCAGCACAAAAUAAAGCUGCAGGGCUCCAUUCUAAUAGUACAACUGGCAGUAUUACUGCCAUCACUCCUACCACUACCACUACUACCGUUAAUUCUUACACAUCUCUGCCUUCUACUCCAACAAUUGACACUGCUAUUACUACUUCCACAGCCAUCCACUCCACUACUACCACUACAGCUACUACCACUAACAAUAGUGGAUUAACUCAGUCUAGUUUCUCUGCAUUUUCACUGGGUGGCAAUAGAUCAAAUCUCUCUGGUAGCCAAAAGACAAUUUCUCAGUAUGAAAAGUUUGACUCCACAUCAUCCCAGUUAAUUAACAUUGAAAAGAAGCCAGAAAAUGCAACCUCUAAGACAUCCGAAACUAAUAAGGGGGCAAGUGUUCGAAUAGCUUUCUCUACAGGGCCAAAACACCCAUUAGUUCCUCAUGCUGUUUUUAAGGAAGAAGAAAAACCAAAACUGACAACACUAAUGUCAGAACCUAAAAUUCCAGGGCUUGGUUUAGAUGAGGAAGAUGAAAUAGUGACAGCUUCAAACCAAGCUCUGAAAGAGACUGCCUUUCUCAGUCGUGCUAAGUUCGAGACUUUGACAACUUUAACUAAAACAGAUACUUUCUUAUCCAGUGGUGUGAAAUCAGAUUCUUUCCUAUCUAGUGGUCUUAAUCCAGAUUCCUUCAUAAACAAAUGGAAAGAGGUAGAGAACAAAAUUGAAUCUGUAAAUGUGUCUGGUAAGUCUGAAAAUGAUGAGAAAGUUCAGCCAGAGCCUUCAAAAGCGGCUGAAGUAGUGUUAGAUUCUAUGAAAAUUCAAUCAUCCGAAAGUAUUGUAGAUAAUCAGAAAAAUGAGACACCUCAAUAUGAAGUGUCGAAUGCUGUAAAAAGCAAGUUUGAAAAUAACAAAGAAUCAGUAAAGAACCGUUCAUCUGAAGGGCAUCAAGAACCACCUGCUCGAUCUAGGGAAAGUCAUCAUGAUUCUAAGAGUCGACCAAGUAGUGACUCAUCGAAAGAUAGUCGCAGACAAUCUGACAGUGACCGUAAAAGAAGUCAUUACUCUGAUAGCAGUUCCUCCAAAAGCAGCAGCAGUCGCUAUUCUGAACGUAGCGAACGUCAUGGAUACUCGAGGCAUUCCAGAAGUAGAGACUAUUCUGACAAACGUGAUAGAGACUACCGAAAGGACUAUAGUAACACUGAGUCACGAAGUCGAGAUCGUGAUUAUGAUCGAGACCGUGACAGAGACAGGGACAGAGACUAUGAGCAUAGUUCUUCUAGAUCUCGUGACAGAUCUCGGGAUCGCAAGGACUACAGGAGGUCAUCUAGUUCUAAAGGGGAUGAACGCUCCUCAUCUAAAAAGAAUUCUGAAAAGGGAGAUAAAUUUGUGUCUACUGCUAGUGAAGAGAGUAAUCGAUAUGGUGAUGUGGAUGAGAGGAAGAAAAUGUAUUCAACAACACCGGCUUACCCAGAAGCAGGCAGUAGGUUCUCUGCUGAUAAAAAAGAUAUGGCAUCAUUCCACAGUGGUGCUAAACAGUUCAAAGAUGCUGAUGGUAAGAGUGAAAGCAAAGAUUAUAAAGCUAUUUCUUUCAUGAGCCAAGAUCAAGAUCUCCGUAAAGGCCUAUCUGGAGUGCCAAACACUUCUAUACCAGCUGUUGCACAACCUAUUCCAACAUUAACAUCUAAUAUUCAUGAAGAGUUUCCUCGAGAUGUAGACCACCGCAAACAUAGCCUGUCUUGGCAGGGUGCCUAUGAGCCUAACAACAAAGAUGCUACUGAAGAAUCAAAUGCUUCUUUUUGGAGCAGUCACGGUGAUGUUGAUUACCGUACACAAAACAGUUCUGUUAUUGCAGCCUCUAGAACUGCUGCUCACCCUCCUGUAUUACCAUCUGGUAAUCUAGCAGGGUGGGGGAGUCAUUCAGUGCCUGGACAGCCUACAGCCAGUGCACCUUCCAGUUUUCAGCCCAUUUCCACUGUUCUCCAUCAACGGUCAGUAAAUGCCAAACCAGGUAAUCUCAUGGAAACUGGCAAUCAAGCUGACCAAGAUAUGAGGAAACAGUCACGACCAGGUAUACCCCCCAAAAUAGAAGUCAUUCUUCCACGACCUACAGCAAAAGACUUUUUUGGCAGUGUGGAAUCUGAAAGCGGUGAUUCAGUUGCUCAGCCCCCAUCACUUUUUGAAGUAGAUUCCUCAAUUCAUUCCAGAACUUCAGCUCCUUUUAAAUCUCAUGGAAAUUCUAAUGAAUCUCUAGGUUCAUUGCACCCAGUAAUGAGUAAGUGGAGUACCACCCAAGAGAAACUAGUGCCACCUGGAUUAGCUUCUCCACUAGAUGUGGAUGACCGCCCAAAUGCUUAUCGGACGGCUAACACAGCAGUAUCACCAGCCGGCCAAGGUUUGCCAGGUGACUCCUUAAGUUCAUCCCAAUUGCUUAAAGUGCCCCCUGUAGAUUCAUCACACACCCAAGAAGCUGUGUUUUACACAACUGCUGCAACUAGUCAUUCUGAACUUACUCCCAACAGCAGUGGUGGCACUACUACAUCAGCUGCACCUCAAGAAACCCGUCCACUCAUGUCAGUAGCGAAUUCCUCUUCUGUGAUCGAUCCAGACUCGUUAUCAUCAGUUUGUAAGGGGCAGAUACCUCUCCCAUAUUGCACGCCCAAUCCUACUUCAUCUCAUCAAGGAUAUGCUCCACCUCCUCCUCCUCCCCCUCAGCACAUGCAGCCUGCUGUUGAAAUUUCGUCAGACAGGCUACAACAAAGUGUUCAGUGGGAGGGCUGUACAUCUACCUCAAGUAUAGCUUUGUCUGAGCACUCUGCACCACCACCACCUCAACAACAACAACCCCCACCACAACCACAAGCUAAACUCCAGCAACAUAUCACCGGUAGGACUGAACAUGAGGUCAGUAACAAUAGCCUGCUGAAGUCCCACCACCAACUACAGCAGACUUGGUCUCAAGUAGAUUCUUCCAAGCAACCACAACUACCACCACCACCACCACCACCACCACAUCAGCAACCUUCAGUUGUCUCUGUUGGUCAGUAUUAUGAACAUGCAAGUUAUAGUGAUGUCUCACCAGUAACAGUAGCAUCAAACAUUUCAUUUUCAUCCACACCACCACCACCACCACCUCCGCUGUCUUCAUCGUCUUCAUCAACGCCGUCAUCUACCACCACAGUGGCCAGCGGCGGGACCCCUGGCUCCUUGCCACCACCCCCACCCCCACCACCAUCCCAGACACCCAUCAUUCCACCAGUUGGUCAGUCGUCAGUAAGACCUGGCCUGGGUGGGCAGUACACUCAACUGCGAGAGCGAGGUGGAGGGUAUGGUGGGGAAAGUGCUGUCUCUGGCGGAUCACCAUCACAACCACCUCCGCCACCAUCAUCUCUGCAUCGAGGCUCUCGGUUCCUCAACUCACCACCUCCUCCACCACCGAUGCAGUCAGCACCUUCUCAGCCCCAGCCAUUACAGCCACCUAUUCCUGGCAGCGGCGGAAGCAGCAGCAGCAGUAGUAGUAGCCCUUAUAAUAUGCCCCCUCGGACAGACUUUCCAACCGGAAAACUGCCAGGGCAGCGAGGUUUUGCAGGUGGUCCCAGACAAGGUUUCCAACCGCCAAGAACUAAUUUCAAUGCUGGUCCACAUGGCAGUGUUGGUGGAAAUGGUGGCGGCAGCAACAAUAAUAACAACAAUAGUAGCAGUGUCCCUAGGGAAGAGCAAGGAAGUGGAAGUGGGCAGUAUUCACACCAUCGAGGGGUUAGCCGUUUUAACUGAAAAGGUUGGUAUAUGACAAUGAAAAUCACAUUAACCACUUAUUAAAUGGAUUAUGAUUAAUUUUAUUAUUAUUAUUAUUAUUAUUAUUAUUAUUAUUAUUAUUAUUAUUUUUACUACUACUACAACUGUUAUUUUUAUUUGGGAGUGCCAAUAACUGACUACAAUAAACUCAUAUAAAAAUUUUUUCCCCCAAUUACUACUAAUAUUUUUUUUUCCCGUUUCACUCACCUUCAAUUUGUCACCUCUCUCUCUCUAUCUAUCUUCUCUCUCUCUCUCUCUUCAUCACAGCAGUCAUAUAUACAUUUGUACUUGUAUAUAUGUUGCAGAAUUGAUACUUGAAAACUUCAGAAAGUGAGAAAGACAAAAAAGAUUUGAGACAUCUCCUCACUUUGCCAACAUCCAAACCUGGAAAAAAGAAAAUAAAAAAAAGAAAAAAGAAAAAAAAAAAGCUUAAAAAAGAAUGAAAAUAUGAAGCCAAACAAAACAACAAAACAUACACACACACAUAAAUUGGAAAAAAGAAAAAAAAAUCAACACAAAAUUAGUAUUAUUCAUAAAUAGGACAAACUUAGAAGGAUAAAAUGAUAAAGAGUAAAAAGAAAAAAAAAAGCCUUGAAAAUUUUUUUUAUAAGACAAAAAUAAUUCUUUCAUUUUGUUCUUUUUAAAUUUGGAAAAGUGAAAAAAAAAGAAAAAUUAUAUCAUGUAUACUUUCUUUAUUUUUUUUGUUCUCCAAUUUGGUUUUUUUUUUUUUUCACCCUCAACAAACUAUUUUUUAUAUUAGGGAGAAGAAAGUUGAAGAAUUUUAGUGGAAAUGAAAACAACUAAUAAAACAAUUGGAAUUUAGCCGAUGAUCUUGAAGAAGAGGAAAUGGGAAGUGAAAAAAAAAAAAAUCAAUAAUAAAAGACUGUUUCUAGAAAUUACCACUAUUUGUGGCAUUUGGAAUAGA